AUGUUUGCUUUACUUUUUUCUCAGACCAGUGUCAAUUUCAAUUUGAUGUUUGCCUUUCUUUUCUCAGACCAGUGCUCUUUACCUGUCAAUUUCUUUUGGAUACCAGUGUUUUUACCUCGUCAAUUUCUUUGGAAUUUCCUUUUUUUCUCAGACCAUGCUUUUUACCUGUCAAUUUCUUUGGAUGUUUGCCUUUUCUUUUCUCAGACCAGUGCUCUUUUACCUGUCAAUUUCUUUGAGACCAGUACCAGUGCUCUUUUACCUGUCAAUUUCUUUUUGAUGUUUUCUUUUUUCCUUUUCUUUUCAGACCAGUGCUCUUUACCUGUCAAUUUCUUUGGAUGUUUGCCUUUCUUUUCUCAGACCAGUGCUCUUUACCUGUCAAUUUCUUUGGAUGUUUGCCUUUCUUUUCUCAGACCAGUGCUCUUUACCUGUCAAUUUCUUUGGAUGUUUGCCUUUCUUUUCUCAGACCAGUGCUCUUUAUGUUUCUUUGAUGUUUGGCCUUUCUUUUCUCAGACCAGUGCUCUUUACCUGUCAAUUUCUUUGAUGUUUGCCUUUCUUUUCAGACCAGUGCUCUUUUACCUGUCAAUUUCUUUGAUGUUUGCCUUUCUUUUCUCAGACCUGCUCUUUUACCUGUCAAUUUCUUUGAUGUUUGGUUUUCUUUUCUCAGACCAGUGCUCUUUACCUGUCAAUUUCUUUGGAUGUUUGCCUUUCUUUUCUCAGACCAGUGCUCUUUACCUGUCAAUUUCUUGUGAACCACACCCAGCUGAAGAGUUACUUUCUUUUUGUAGAUGUCUAAGCUGCACCCUACCUACUUUUCUGUAUCUUGUAAACACCACCUAUGUGAAGUUUCCUUCAUUGUUUGAUCACAUUGAAUUGUUUCUUUUUAUUUUACAUUUUCCUACCAUUUUUUUCCCUUUUCUUUUGUUAAAAAAGUCCUUUUCAAUUCUUCAGUUAAUUCUCUCCCCUUCCUCUCACCUUUUGUGCAAACAUCCUCCUCCUCCUCCCACUACCAUCACCACCAAAGAAGAAGAACAAGAAAUGAAUCCAGCAAUUUACAUUUUUUCUUCUUCUUCUUCAACCCCCCCCCUCCAAUUCUCUCUCUCUCUUCACUGCUACAAAAAGCUGACACUGCUCCAUAUUUUCUGUCUUUGUUGCUUUUAUUUUGAUGAGAAAAUCUGUCUGUUGGCUCAGAAUUUCUUUUGCAGAAGCCUUUUCUCUUUACUACUUUCUUAUUCCCACCCCUGA